ACCGCAGUAUCACUAGAUUUCUGCACCACUCAUCAAAACUCUGCGGCAUGCAGACAGGAGCUGGGGGGGAGGGCACUCACUAGAUCCGCGCACUCUAGCCCUCUGUUAACGGUCCUCUUCCGCAUCCAUUUUUAGUUCCCAGGUUUUGAUUUGGUUUCCGUGUGCUUUAAUCUCUUUUAUUUGCGAGCUUGUUUCUUGUCUUGGCGCGGUACAGCAGACCUCUUUGCACCAGUCCCUGUAGCUCUCGGACAGGUUGACUCGCUCCGUAGGGCGCCUCUUUAGAGCUUUUGAAGUGUGUAGUUGUAUGAUAAAAUGGCAAAAGAAGGAGAAAAGGGAGAGUGGAAGGAGUUUAUAUGGAACCCACGAACGAGGGAGUUUCUGGGCAGGACGGCGAGCAGCUGGGGUCUUAUUCUUCUCUUCUAUCUAAUUUUCUACAUCUUCCUGGCGGGACUGUUUGCACUUACCAUGUAUGUCAUGCUGCAGACUCUGGAUGACCACAAGCCCACCUGGCAGGACCGCCUCUCCACACCAGGUAUGGUGAUCAGACCUAAAGCAGACGAAACCUUUGAGAUCGUCUAUGACAUCCAGAAGACAGAGACUUGGGACUUGUAUGCCCAGGCCUUGGACAAAUUCCUUGCACCCUACAACAAUUCAAUUCAAGUCCAGAAAAAUGAUGAGUGUGUCCCGGACCAGUACUAUAAGCAGGAGGACAGUGGAGAGGUGAAGAACAACCCAAAACGCUCCUGUCAAUUCAACCGCACCAUGCUGGAAGAGUGCUCCGGCAUCUACGACCAACACUAUGGAUACCAGGAGGGCAAGCCGUGCAUCAUCAUCAAACUGAACAGGGUGAUUGGAAUGCUGCCAGGAAAGAAUGGGAACGCUCCGUAUGUCACCUGUGGAGCUAAGAGGGAAGACACUGACAAGAUCGGAGAGUUGAUGUAUUUCCCUCCUAAUGGCACUUUUAAUCUUAUGUACUACCCUUACUAUGGAAAGAAAGCUCAGGUGAACUACUCUCAGCCUUUGGUCGCCAUCAAGUUCCUUAACGUCACCCAUAACCAAGAUGUCAACAUUGAGUGCAAGAUUAACGCUGACAACAUUCCCAUUGGGAGCGAAAGGGACAAGUUUGCUGGACGUGUGUCUUUCAAACUAAGGAUCAACACGAAGAACUAGGUUUAACUACAUCACCCACCACACCAAACUCCUCCCUCCUUCUUCAUUUUCAGCAACAUUGCACAUUUACAGAAACAAAUGGCAGCAUGCACACCCUUUUAUAGAAUCUGUUUACAGCCCUCACUUAACUGUGAGACCAAACAAGUCAAAAACAUAAAACGGGUGGUUAUUCUGUCAUUAUUUCUGUUUGUGAGCUUUGGGACACAUUCACUUUUCUGUAAAUUAGUUAACGUCUAUUUAUAGUGCAUGACAAACUUAGGGAUAUACAUGAAAAGAAAGUGAAACUCUUUGCAAGGAUCAGCAAGCGUCACCACUUCAGCUGCCUCCCUAUGAUGUAUCCCUCUAUAUUAGACAUCAAUUACAAUACAAAAAUGUGUGUAUCAACAGUAUAUACCGGUAUCAUAACCUUAUAUCAGUAUGUUUGUUUUGUGAAAGAACAAUAACACAAUAACAACUGGAUGACAUAUCUUUCCCUGUGUGAAUGAUGCUGAGACAAAGCCAUUUUUGCAUGUGUGUUUUGUCUUUAGUGUGCGAUAAGGCAGGAGGUCCAUGUGUCCCGCCUCUUUGCUCAAUUAAAUGUUAAGGUUAUGUUGACCACCACUGACCACCAGGGAGAGUACUUUGAGACGAAUCUGAUCUAAAUCUGCAAAACCUUUAAAAGAAGUGUGUGCGUGUGUGUGUGGAAGCAGUGUGUGUGUUUCAAUGACAUCUCAUAUUGUAGGUCGGGAAGUUGCAUGCACUGUGCAAUAUUCAUUAAAUGGCAUACAUUAUGAAUGCUUGAUCCCAUUCUUCACAAGAGGACUUAUUGUUCAUUAGUUAUUUUAACCUGGAGGGAAUUGUAUAGCUUUACAUACUUACAAUACUUUCAUGCUCAUAUCAAACAUUUCCUUAACUUUAUCCAUUGCUGCGUUUCAAGUGUUUUUAUUGUAUUGCAUCUAUUUCUUAUGUAUCUGAAAUAGAUGCCGGUGUCAUAUUUUUAUUUAUUUGCACUUGAAGUGUGUGUUUUUUUCUUUGUGAAGUGAAAUGAAUAAUGUACAUAAUGUUUUGGGUGGAGAGGGCUUAGAUGUUUGUGUUCCCUUUAUAUCGACUCAUUCACUCCGUCCUGGUCAUUCCCUGAAAAUCACCCAAUUCUUUUUAAAAUCUAGAUUUAAGUAUAGCAAAGUUGUAGGUGCAUGUAAAAUUACUUAGACUUCUUGUAUCCACAUCAACACAGUUUAAAUACGAGCUUGAAUUAUCUGAAAGUGGUGCUGAUUAGUAGAUGUAUACAACAUAGAACAAACAUCUGCUAAGACCUGAUACAAUUACUUAACUCUUUGCCUGAAAAGCUUUUUGAACAUGGCCAUUCUUUUUACAAAAGUAAAUGUGGAUGGAUGAAUGGAAUUAGACAGCAAGACAACUAAUUAAACAAAAUUAUGAAUAUAAAUAUUAUAUCUAUGUCCUUUAUGAUCCUGUUCUUUUUGUGGCAGCCCACUGACAAUUUCACAUGCAUUUUUUCCUAGCAUUCCAGUAAUGCUUACUUAAUUUCACUGUAAUCUCUUAAUCUGGUUGGCUAAUCCAGAGCAGGCAUGCUGAACUUCUUUACCCUACUUUGUUGCUCCUUUUCCUUCUUGCCUCACUGUCAUUUUCUAACUUAGUCCUCAAUCGGGCACCUUUUACCAAUUUAAUUUGUGAUCAUGAUUUUCCAUAACACUUAAAUUUAAUUGGGCAUUGCUUCAUUGAUCUUUACAUUAUAUAACAUGAAUCAACCAGACAUCCUCAACCAAAGAUCACAGCUAUAAAUGUUAUGCAGAGAAGCUGUAGACACAAGAUGGAAAGCUAAGGAUGAAGUAUCAAAUAUCUACUCUUAUAUAAACGAUAAUACGCACAACACAGAGGAACAUUAUUUCACUGCUACGCAACAGUGCCUCUUGGUGGACAGACAGCGUUGUUCUCCAGUGUCACAGAAUGUCCAAAUCUCCAUUUAUUUCUGAUUUUAUAAAUUUUUAUGUUUUAAGAUGGUGAGAUUAUUUGGAGAUGUCCUCAAAAAGCAAUAUCUAAUUUGUUGUAUGGCUGUUAUCAUCUGAAUCAUCAAGAGCAAAGACAUCAUGGCAAUUGUCACCAAAACAUGCUUUAUUAUCGAAGAUGGAAUAAUAUAUGAAGGAUAUUGUUUUGUUUAAAAGGAAUAUUUUUAUUGAUAUAUUGUUGUAAAGAGGAGAGAAUGUAUUAUCUUGGAUGUAACAACUACAAAGGUUAUCAGCAUUUAUGUGUGGGUCCUAUGUUUCUCAAUGUAACUACAUGUAUUUAUCACUGAUUGGAAAUCAUGUGAACAGGACUUGCAGUAGUGACAAAAUGGCCAGGCUAAAUACAGAAUACUACAGCAAGCUCCCGCACAAAUGCUAAACAAAGCCAUGUAAUUAGGUCCAAUUAACCUCAUGACACCCUGGUCUCUCCCUCUAACCUUAGUACUGGCCUAUAGGACUGUGCUGCGAAGAUAGUUUGGGAUGGGGAUUACAUGAUGUACAUGUUGGAAUAUUGUGGGAUGGUAAAUCUAUUCUCAAACCUUUAUUUUUGCUCUUAUUGUAUGUAUAUUUUUGCUCAUGUUUACUGCAAAAACAAGAUAGAGAAACAAAUAAAUGUCAUUUAAGGGAAUUUAAGCCCUCUGUUUC